CCAUCUAAAAUCUUAAUGGGCCUUUCGUCGCUUUGAAUCUCCCUCUCCUCUCUCUCUCUCACCCUUUCUCUUUCUUCCUCUUUCUUCAUCGAUGGAUCAACCACCAGAUCGGAGCAAGCGACCAUGGAAAUUCUCCACCUUGGUCUACUCUUCAUCGAUCCUUUUCCUUCUUCUUUCGAUAUUCUUAUUCGGCUUCACUAAUACCAAUCUCUACAAAGUCCAAAGUCUGAGAUUCACCUUCACUGCGAACCGCAUCUACAGCUAUCUUCAAUUCCUUCUAGGCUUUCACGAUGGAACUCCCAAAUCCAAAUCUGAAACCCUAGACCCAGCUUCGUCUACGUCGCAUUGCGUGUUAUGGAUGGCUCCUUUUCUCUCGAGUGGCGGUUAUAGCUCAGAAGCUUGGUCUUACAUUUUAUCACUUCAUAACCAUCUCACAAACCCUAGAUUUCGAAUCACCAUCGAGCACCAUGGUGAUCUAGAAUCAGUGGAGUUUUGGAAUGGUUUAGCUAAGGAGACUAAGGAGCUAGCGAUUGAAAUGUACAGAACACAAUGUAGACCCAACGAGACGAUCGUUGUUUGUCAUAGUGAACCUGGUGCUUGGUAUCCACCAUUGUUUGAGACUCUUCCUUGUCCUCCAACUGGUUACGAAGAUUUCUUAUCUGUGAUUGGUAGAACAAUGUUUGAGACUGAUAGAGUCAAUCCUGAGCAUGUGAAGCGAUGUAAUCAGAUGGAUCAUGUUUGGGUUCCUACUGAGUUUCAUGUCUCUUCCUUUGUACAAAGUGGGGUUGAUUCAUCUAAGGUUGUCAAGAUUGUGCAGCCUGUAGAUGUCGGUUUCUUCGAUCCUUUAAAGUAUGAGCCUUUGGAUCUGAUGGCGGUUGGGGAUUUGGUUUUGGGUUCUGGAAUGAAGAAUGCGGGUUUAGGGUUUGUGUUCUUGAGUGUGUUUAAGUGGGAGCAGAGGAAAGGUUGGGAUGUGUUGUUGAAGGCUUACCUCAGAGAGUUCUCUGGUAAAGACAAUGUUGCUCUAUUUUUGUUGACAAACGCUUAUCACUCGGACAGCGAUUUCGGGAACAAGAUUCUUGAUUUCGUAGAAGAAUUGAAUAUACAAGAGCUUCGAAAUGGUUACCCUUUUGUGUAUGUGAUUGAUAAACACAUAGCUCAAGUUGAUUUGCCUCGGUUGUACAAAGCGGCUGAUGCGUUUGUGUUGCCUACACGAGGAGAAGGAUGGGGACGACCUAUAGUGGAAGCCAUGGCAAUGUCUUUGCCUGUGAUCGCAACAAACUGGUCAGGACCAACAGAGUAUCUUACAGAGCGUAAUGGUUACCCGUUGGUGGUAGAGGAGAUGAGUGAAGUAAAGGAAGGUCCUUUUGAAGGGCAUCAAUGGGCUGAGCCAUCUGUGGAUAAGCUUAGGGUUCUAAUGAGGCAUGUGAUGAGUAAUCUUGAUGAGGCUAAGGUUAAAGGAAACCGUGGAAGAGACGACAUGAUCCAGAAGUUUGCUCCUGAGGUUGUUGCUAAGGUUGUAGCGGAUCAAAUAGAGAGAAUCUUUGAUGAGAAAAUAAGAACAUGACAGGAAUGUCACACUUUGCUUAGAUUAGGUAAGGAAACGAGAGGAAACAAGAAUUGUAUUUUGAUUCAUGGAUUGUUCAAAAAAGAGCAAAUAUGUCAAAGAACAGCUUAUUCUCGAGUUUCUUACCAAAAACUUUAAACA